AUGUCUGUGAUUGAUACUACUAAAGACCUGUCGGCGCUCUUCAGAAAGCAGGCACAGGCUACCCCAGAUGCUAUUGCGCUGGAAGACGACAGCGCUACCAAGUAUACAUACGGAGAAUUGAACUCCCAAGUCGACGUACUUGCGCAGCGGCUACGCCAGUACGGUGUUGACCGAGACACUCUCGUUGGUGUGCUGCUGCCACGCAGUGCCGACUAUGUCCUUGCAUGUCUCGCCAUUCUCCGAGCAGGAGGCGCAUUUCUCGUCCUAGAGUUGGCCUAUCCACCAGAUCUCUUGGCCGAUGUACUCGAUGAUGCCAAACCCGCCGUGAUAAUCACCAAAAAGUCCGAAACGGGCAAGAUCCGGUCUAGUGUCCCACUGAUCUCGUUGGAUGACCCUGUUCCAGGGACCGACAAGUUCGGUUCCGAGCCUGGGCCUCUUCCAGGUGAUGAAGACUUGAACCGACUAGCUUUUGUGGCAUAUUCCUCGGGGACGACAGGCAAGCCCAAGGGCAUUGCCAACCCGCAUCGAGCCCCUGUGCUCUCGUACGACGCAAGGUUCGCCCUGUCUAACCUCCACGCCGGAGACCGUGUUGCGUGUAAUGUGUUCUUCAUCUGGGAGAUCCUGCGUCCCCUGUUGCGAGGAGCGACUGUUGUGGUUGUGCCAGACGAAGUGAGCUACGACCCGACUGCGCUCGUCGACUUGCUCGUCUCUAGGCAGAUCACCGAAACUUUGAUGACGCCCACUCUAUUGGCAACGGUGCUCUCAUGCCAUCCAAACAUUGGAUCUCGUUUGACAGGGCUGCGGUCUCUGUGGCUCAACGGCGAAGUCGUCUCCACAGAUUUGGCUCGUAGAGCAAUUGGAGCCUUGCCUAAAACCCGCCUACUCAACUGUUACAGUGCUUGCGAGACCCACGAGAUUGCUUGUGGCGAUAUCCGUGACAUGUUCGACAGCGAGGCCGCGUACUGUCCAGUUGGUCCACCGCUAGAUCCUGCACACACUUAUAUACUUGACGAAGCCGGCCAAAAGGUAGCUGAUGGACUGAGUGGAGAGAUUUUUGUCGGCGGCCAAUUGCUAGCUCGGGAAUAUCUUAACCGCCCGGAAACCACAGCCAAGGCUUUCACCGCGGACCCAUUCGAUCAAAAAAACUCUGGAGCACGUAUGUACAGAACCGGGGAUUUGGGGCGGAUACUGCCAUCCGGCUUGCUUGAGAUUACCGGCCGCAUUGGGUCAAUGAUCAAACUGCGCGGGUACUCAGUUGUGCCAGGAAAGGUAGAAAAUGCGAUAGUUAAAAACCUAGCAGUCAGAAAUUGCUGCGUAACCGCGCAUGGUGAAGGAUUGGAUAGGCAAUUGGUGGCCUACAUUGUUCGAGACGAAGCUGGACUGUUGCCCGAUCGCCCUGAGGUAGAGAUUAAUGAGACCGGUCAUAGCCCUGCAUCAAGGCGUACUCUCUCCCUAUACCUCGCACAAUACAUGAUCCCUGUUCUAUGGGUUGAGUUGAAUGCUCUUCCUACCCAUGGCGUGUCCGGCAAAGUUGAUACCAAGAGCCUCCCUCCCCCGCCAAGCUCUAGUACACUGAACGGUAAUAGGCACGUUGAGAAAGAUCCCAUUGGAUUUGAGGAAAUUGCAGCGAUCUGGGCGGCCACCUUGAAAACUUCUCAGGCGCUGCUGAAGAUAGAAGACAAUUUCUUCGACCUAGGCGGCCAGUCUCUUUUGCUAGCCGACCUGUCCUCUAGAACCUCGCGGGAAUUUGGAUUUCGUGUCCCAAUAGCUCGAUUGGCGGAAAAUCCAACUAUUAACGGCCACAUCGACAUCGUGCGUGGUAUCCGGGAUGGACAUGCAGCAGCAGUACAAGCCGAACUCCCAGCCUUCUUGAGGGCCGAUUCUACUCUUGAUGAUGACAUCAGGCCACCAAAAGAGACCAAAUUGUGCCCAAUAAAUGAGGCAAACACUGUCCUUUUGACAGGCGUGACAGGAUACCUGGGUGCCUUUCUACUCAGCGACCUAUUGGAAAACACGAAGGCAGAGAUUAUUUGCCUAGUCCGUUUCAGUGACCCGGAGGAAGAUGAUCGAGCCGGAGGCGCGGCACGUAUACGUAGAAAUCUCCUAGACAUGGGAUUAUGGCGCGACUCUAUCAUGGAGCGUGUGCAAGUACUUCCGGGCAAUUUGUCUCGCGAACGGUUUGGUCUAACGCCAGAGGUCUUCGAAGAUCUCGCAGCCCGUGUGCAGGUUAUCGUUCAUGCCGCUGCGAGCGUCAAUCUUGUCUAUCCCUAUGCAGCUCUACGCGAUGCCAACGUCGGCGGGACGAGAGAAAUUCUUCGGCUGGCCUGCAAGAGCGGCGCCACGGUGCAAUAUGUUUCUACGAACGGAGUGCUACCACCAUCCGGCACAGCUGGGUGGCCCGAAACCACCAUGCUCUCGGUCGAAGAAGUCCCAGACAAGCUUCUCGAUGGCUAUGGGCAAACAAAAUGGGUGGCUGAGCAGCUUGUCCUAGAGGCUGGCCGCCGUCACCUGCCGGUGAAAAUACACCGGGCUGGGACUAUCAGCGGCCACAGCGUUACUGGCGCAGCAAACGCAUGGGAUUUGCUUUCUGCACUGAUCGUAGAAUCGAUCAAGCUGGGAUAUGCCCCAAAGGUGGACCGCUGGCGCGCGGAGAUGACACCAGUCGACUUUGUCAGCAAAUCUAUUAUCCAUCUUGCCACGCAAACCCAGGCAGAUCAGACAAUUUUCCACCUCGGGGACCCCAAUCCAGUCAGUACGAAAUCUGUCUUCGACGAUUUAAAUAGUCUCGGGUAUCCCACACAACCGGUGGAAUGGGACGAAUGGGUUGCCCUCUGGAACGAAAAGCGAGGCUCAGCCAAGGGCGGUGACGGCUCAUUCACUGUCGACAUCAUCCGGAGUGGCAUGCCAACGGUGGAAUUUCUUCAAGGGAUUGUGGUGCUUGACAACGCUGCAACCAGACCCUUCAGAAUAGCGGUUGAACGGCCAAAGGUGGAUAUUGAUCUUCUAGAAACAUAUACUCGUCACUGGUUUGCCAGAGGGUGGCUACCCCAGCCGCCAUCACGAAAAAAUGGACUCGCCCGGCCUGUGAAACCAGUUCCUAGGUCUCCAUUGGGUGGGCGUGUAGCAGUGAUCACCGGUGCAUCCUCUGGAAUUGGUCGUGCAGUCGCCAUUGCGUUAGCCAAACAAGGUUGUCACGUGGCACUUGGAGCGCGACGGUUGGACGCCCUUGAAGCUGUCAAACAGAAGACUGCCAACCACGACGUCCGAGCCAUCAUCCGACAGACUGAUGUCACGAGCAAACGGCAGGUCGAAGCCCUCGUUCAUGCAGCCACCGAGGAACUUGGGCCGGUUGACAUCCUAGUAUCCUGUGCAGGCGUCAUGUAUUUUACCAUGAUGGCGAAUGUGCAGACCGAAGAAUGGGAGCGUACUGUUGAUGUAAACUGCAAGGGCCUUCUGAACUGUUUAUCGUCCACCGUGCCUAAUAUGUUAUCACGCGGCAGCGGCCACAUUGUUGCUAUUUCCUCUGACGCUGGCCGAAAAGUCUUCCCCGGACUAGGCGUUUAUUCAGCUAGCAAAUUCUUCGUCGAGGCAACGCUCCAGUCGCUCCGUCUAGAGACGGCCGGGUCAGGUCUCCGCGUGACUAGCGUGCAGCCUGGAAAUACUGCCACGGACUUGCUGGGAAUGUCGACCGAUGUUGAGGCCGUCAAAAAGUACGGGGAGCCAUCGGGAGCUCAGAUCCUUGACCCUGAAGAUGUUGCAAGCUCGAUUGUUUACGCAUUAUGCCGACCACCGCAUGUGUCUGUAAACGAGGUGUUGAUUGAACCGAGAGAUGAGCCUAUUUAA